UCGCCUCAGCGCAGCGCGCGGCCGGGAGCGGCGACGCGCCCCAGGUUCCCGCCUGUGGGGUGUCGCCGCGAGCCUCGGAGCAUCCCGGGGCCGGCCCGCGCGGCGUUAACAUGGGCCUCGGCUCCCCAGACACAGGCUAGGGAGAUACGGGCGCGGCCCGCGGGGCUAACGGUUAUUCUCGGGCCUAGUCCCUUGCCCCAGGCUGAAGGGACGCGCAAGGAUCUCGGUGUAUUGAGAGGCUUGACCAAACCAUUCUGCAGGAUGUUGGGAUUCCUGAAGCAGCCUGUUGUGGUCACUGCGGAGAUCAAUAUGAAUCUGGUGGCUCUGACUGUGAUGGGAUUAGUAAACCGGCUCUGGGCACUCUCCUACCCACGGGCUGUGGUUUUUGAUGAAGUUUACUAUGGCCAGUUUGUGUCUCUGUACAUGAAGCGGAUCUUUUUUGUGGAUGACAGUGGCCCGCCAUUUGGCCAUAUGCUGCUAGCUUUUGGAGGUUACUUAGGAGGCUUUGAUGGAAACUUCUUGUGGAACAGAAUUGGGGCUGAGUACAGUAUGAACGUGCCCGUUUGGUCCUUGCGACUGCUGCCAGCACUAACUGGUGCCCUGUGUGUGCCUUUAGCGUACCAGAUUUUGGUAGAGCUGCACUUCUCCCAUUGUGCUGCAUUUGGAGCUGCCCUCCUGAUCCUCUUCGAGAACUCUCUGAUCACUCAAUCCAGGCUGAUGCUCUUGGAAUCAGUACUAAUCUUUUUUAUUCUGCUUGCAAUUUUAUCCUACCUGAAGUUCUACAAUUUACAGAAGUGCAGCCCCUUCACUGCAGGCUGGUGGUUUUGGCUUUUACUGACUGGAGUUGCUUGCUCCUGUGCAGUUGGGGUAAAAUACAUGGGGUUUUUCACCUACAUGCUGCUCUUGGCCAUCGCUGGAGUCCACUUCUGGCACUUGAUAGGAGACCAGACCUUGUCAAAUGUUUCUGUGUUGUGCCAUUUGCUGGCAAGGGGACUAGCUCUGGUAGUCAUCCCAGUAGCAAUGUAUCUGUCUUUCUUCUACGUUCACUUGACUUUGCUAUACCGCUCAGGACCUCAUGACCAGAUUAUGACCAGUGCUUUCCAGGCCAGCUUGGAGGGUGGGCUAGCUCGGAUCACACAGGGCCAGCCCCUUGAGGUAGCCUAUGGCUCCCAGAUUACCCUGCGGAAUGUUUUAGGCAAACCCGUGCCAUGCUGGCUCCAUUCUCACAAGAACACUUAUCCCAUCAGGUAUGAGAAUGGCCGAGGCAGCUCCCAUCAACAGCAGGUGACUUGUUACCCCUUCAAGGAUGUCAAUAACUGGUGGAUUGUUAAGGAUCCUGGGAUGCAACAGCUGGUGGUGAGUAACCCACCACGUCCCGUCCGACAUGGGCAUAUUGUGCAACUGGUCCACGGCAUCACAACUCGUUAUCUCAACACACACGAUGUUGCUGCACCUCUGAGCCCACACUCCCAGGAAAUCUCCUGUUACAUUGAUUAUAACAUCUCCAUGCCAGCACAGAACCUCUGGAGAGUGGAAAUUGUAAAUCGGGAAUCAGAUACAGAUGUGUGGAAGACCAUUUUAUCUGAAGUAAGGUUUGUCCAUGUGAAUACCUCAGCAGUGCUGAAGCUCAGUGGUGCAUCUCUACCUGAGUGGGGCUACCGGCAGCUGGAGAUCAUUGGGGAGAAGUUGUCCAAAGGGUAUCACCAGAGCAUGCUGUGGAAUGUGGAGGAACACAGAUACGGGAAAAGCCAAGAGCAGAAGGAGCGGGAAGUGGAGCUGCACUCACCCACGCAGGCUGACAUCAGCAAAAACCUCAGUUUCAUGGCCAGAUUCACAGAACUGCAGUGGAAGAUACUAACACUGAAAAAUGAAGACACAGAACAUAAGUACAGCUCUUCCCCCCUAGACUGGAUCACUAUGGAUACAAACAUCGCUUACUGGUUCCACCCUAUCUCCGGUGCUCAGAUCCACCUGAUUGGGAACAUUCUCACCUGGGCUUCAGCUAAUGUUGCAACUCUUGUAUAUGUGUGUCUGUUCCUGUGGUAUUUGCUUCGACGACGGAGAAAGAUUUGUGACAUCCCUGAAGAUGCAUGGAGGCUCUGGGUAUCAGCUGGAGGACUCUGUGUGGGAGGCUGGGCUGUGAAUUACCUCCCCUUUUUCAUGAUGGAGAAGACACUUUUCCUGUACCACUACCUGCCCGCUCUCACUUUCCAAAUUCUCCUGAUUCCUGUUGUACUUCAGCAUCUGACCGAUCACCUCUGCAGAUCCCAACUCCCUAAGAACAUGUUCAGUGCCUUGAUUGUAGCCUGGUUCUCUUCCAUUUACCUGGUCUAUCGCACAUUCAGCCCACUGACAUAUGGGGAGCCUACCCUCUCAGCAGCUGAGCUAAGGGCCCUGCGCUGGAAGGACAGCUGGGACAUCUUGAUCCGCAAACACUAGUGGAGCCCAUCAAGAUAGAACUGAUCAUGCUUACAAGUAACUCUGCUUUCAUUCCUUGAUAGGGGCUCAGGGUAAAAAGCCUUGUAAUUUAUGUUGG